GGCGGGCGGGCGACGAUGCUCCGCGGGCGGAGGACGAGCCGGGGUUGCCCGCUGAAGCCUUCAGGAGCCAUGCAUGCCCCCGGGCGCCGCGCCUCCCUGUAGGAGAAUGCCCCGGCUUGCACACUCGCCGGUCGAGAUAUUUAUUGAGUGCCUACCAUGUGCCAGGCGCUAUACCUCUGUGCAUAGAAAAAUCCUGGAAGGUAAUUUCCAACAUAUUGAUCAUCUCUACUUGCUGAGAUAACAGAUCAUUUCUAAACAUGAUGCAUUUCAAAAGUGGACUCGAAUUAACAGAGUUGCAAAACAUGACAGUGCCUGAAGAUGAUAAUAUUAGCAAUGAUUCUAAUGACUUCACUGAAGUAGAAAAUGGUCAAAUAAACAGCAAAUUUAUUUCUGACCGUGAAAGUAGAAGGAGUCUCACCAAUAGUCAUUUGGAGAAAAAGAAAUGUGAUGAAUAUAUUCCAGGAACAACCUCCUUGGGCAUGUCUGUCUUCAACCUAAGCAACGCCAUUAUGGGCAGUGGAAUUCUAGGACUGGCGUUUGCCCUGGCAAACACUGGAAUCCUUCUUUUUCUCAUACUUUUGACUUCUGUGACACUGCUAUCUAUAUAUUCAAUAAACCUUCUGUUGAUCUGCUCAAAGGAAACAGGUUGCAUGGUUUAUGAAAAGCUGGGAGAACAAGUCUUUGGUACCACAGGGAAACUGGUAAUCUUUGGGGCUACAUCUCUGCAGAACACUGGAGCAAUGCUGAGCUACCUCUUUAUAGUAAAAAAUGAACUGCCCUCGGCCAUAAAGUUUCUAAUGGGCAAAGAAGAAGCAUUUACAGCCUGGUAUGUGGAUGGCCGUGUGCUGGUGGUGAUAGUUACCUUUGGCAUUAUUCUUCCUCUAUGUCUCUUAAAGAACUUAGGCUAUCUUGGCUAUACCAGUGGAUUUUCCUUGAGCUGUAUGGUUUUUUUCCUAAUAGUGGUUAUCUACAAGAAAUUUCAAAUCUCCUGCGGUGUUUCACCAUUAAAUGCAACACUGAGUGCUAACUUAACAAAUACUGAUAUAUGUACACCAAAGUAUGUUACCUUCAAUUCAAAGACCGUGUAUGCUCUACCAACUAUUGCAUUUGCAUUUGUCUGCCACCCAUCAGUGCUGCCAAUUUAUUGUGAGCUUAAAGAUCGAUCACAGAAGAAGAUGCAAAUGGUUUCAAAUAUCUCCUUCUUCGCUAUGUUUGUUAUGUACUUCUUGACUGCCAUUUUCGGCUACUUGACUUUCUAUGAAACUGUGCAAUCAGAUCUCCUACACAAGUACCAGAGUAAAGAUGACAUUCUCAUUCUGACCGUUCGGUUGGCUGUCAUUGUUGCUGUCAUCCUCACAGUGCCGGUAUUGUUUUUCACGGUUCGUUCAUCUUUAUUUGAACUGGCCAAGAAAACUAAGUUUAAUUUAUGUCGUCACAUCUUGAUUACCUUCAUACUCUUGGUUAUUAUCAACUUGUUGGUCAUCUUCAUACCCUCCAUGAAGGAUAUUUUUGGAGUCGUAGGUGUUACAUCUGCUAAUAUGCUUAUUUUCAUUCUUCCUUCAUCUCUCUAUUUAAAAAUCACAAACCAAGAUGGUGAUAAAGGAACUCAAAGGAUUUGGGCUGCCCUUUUCUUGGGUCUGGGAGUGUUGUUUUCACUGGUCAGCAUUCCUUUGGUCAUCUAUGACUGGGCCUGCUCCUCCGGUAGUGAUGAAGGCCACUGAGAAAAGGAAACAUUCGGUCUGCUGUUCAGUCAAGUCACCACCCAUCAGCAACCCCUCAUCACUUCCUUUGCAAGUUUACAGAAGCAAACAGAAAUAACAAGAUACAAAAUGGAAAAGCACUUUGGCAGCAAAACUGAGGCUGUUUGUAUUAUUUGCAUCCAUGAUUUGGGAUGACUCAAAGAAAUUUCUUUUUAAAUUUCAUGCAAUCACAUUUCCUGGAACUUUCCACAAUCAGUUUUCACUCUACAUUUUUUUCAUGGCCUCAUGGGCUCAUAACUUCACGAAAUAAUCAUUAAUUAUGUUAAUUAUACAUCCAGAUUUAUAUAUAAUUUUCCUACUGAUACUUAGCUCAUACUCUCUGUAACCUUUCUAGAAGAUAAAAUUGAAAUGUAUAUAGAUAUAUUUAUUUUGCUUUACAGAAAAAUGGUUUCGUAAAUAAUUUGCUUAUUUUGGUUAACAUAGCACACAGGAAUAAUCAUUUGAGAGACAGAGGCAUGUGCUAUUGCUGGAUCAGAGUGUGCCCAAUAUUUGAGGCGGCUUUGAUUACAUGGGCUCCUGCAGUUCAGUGUAUAAAUGGUUACUUUAUGCAGAGAGAUUCCCUGGGGAGUGUUCCCAACUGGGAUGGAGAAAGGAAUAAGUUGUACCUUGGUAAAUAUGUUUAACACAUAUUAUGUAAUCUAGCAGAUGAAAUUUUGUUUUCCUCUUGGCAAUUUGUGUUGAAGUUGCUCUCAAUCUGGGUUAACUUCUAUAGGAAUCUUGGUACACAGUUGAGAGGCUACAGUACUCCAUGCCUAAGAAAAUAUCCCUCUGGCGCAGAUAGUCUUCAGACAUAUACCUGUAUUGCUGAAGGGGGAGAUCAUUUUAUUAAAUGUUAAACUCAGUAGCUUUUAUUCAUGACUACCAGCUUUUUGCACAGAGAAUAAUGUGUAUCUAGCCAAGGAUGAUUUAAGACCAGUAAUUCCUGUUUUAUAUUUGGGUACUUUAGAGGGGGGGGGUGUCUUUAAAAGACUUGUUUUAUAUCUAUAAAUUUAGGUUAUUACCAAUACAAGAAUUUCGUACCUUAAGUAUCUUCAUUCCUAUUUCUUGUCUGUUAACAAUUCAUCCUGAGUCUUGGGCAAGAGAGAUAAAGAACCACAAGAGAGAGGUUUUGAGAAAACUUGAAAGAAGUAAUUGUGUACCUUCCUUCCCUCAAGUGCGGAUCUUGGUGCCUGUAUACCAGGAUUACUUGUUCCUAACCAAGAAGUGGGCAUUAUUGCCCAGCCUACAUGACCCACACAGAGAACAGGUUGUCUCACUCUCCUAUCCUUUCACUAUUUAGAACAGAAGAAAAUACACAGAAACUGUAUAAGAAGAGAGUUGUAGGAAAAGGUAACUUGGAAAGGAAUGGGGGACAGCAAAAAUUCCCAGAAACCUAGCCCUAAAUUGAGCCAUUACCUGUAAAUGGAUUUUUGGACAUCUGUGUGCUCUGUGAGCUACUCUUUUUGAAAGAGGGCUGGGGUUUGAUCUGCAUGCUGAUUGCAUUUCUCAAACAUUUAAAUUCACUGAGCACAGAUUUCUUAUCCAGAGAGAAGUAGAUUCAAACCACACUCUUGGCAGAGUUUCCAGGAACUUACCUCUUGUCUAUGUUCCUACCACACUUAACUCUCCAAAAGCCUCCAUAUUCCCUGUAAGUCACAUGAAAUUGUCCUCUUUCUUUUGCCAAUUAAUGUUCUAUCAAAAAGGCAGACUUUAGACCACUUUGUCACAGUCCUCUUGGGUGAAACAAAAUGUUACUUCCUGCAUUUCUUGGUAAGCUCAUCAAAGCUUUCAGUGUCAUGCUUCAGAAUUAUAUUCAUAUUAGUUAUUAGAGAAUACCUUGCCUAUUAAAAUUCACAGCCAUUUCUCUCCUUUCAGAAGAGUCUUCCAUAUUGGAUGAAUUGGAGAGAAACUGAGCAAAACAAAUCAUUGAUCCUUUUGGCUUCACUAAAGAAUGAAGUAUGAAAAUGAAGUAGCUAGUGAGACAACCUUCCAUUAAAAUUUUUUUCUGUUUUUCUUGUUGGUGUGUAACAAUUAAUUUUAUACUCACAAGUCAGUUUAGAAAAUUAUUGUUAAGUCUUAGGAGAUGUAGUGAUAUCUUUGGAUCUCUGGAACUUAUGUGUCAGCACAAGAAAUUUUUUUAUUUAAAAUGUACUUAGGGGGUGCACAAUAUUGAUGUUUGUGAUGUGACAGAUUUUCAAAAUCUUAUGUUUAUCUUAACUUACUGUUGACUGAAUAUAAUAAACCCUACUGUAAUUUUUCAAAUAUCA